AUGUUAUAUGUAAAAGUUAUAAAUAAUGUUUUAUUACUAAACUGUAAUAAAUCAACAACUACAACAUUCUUGAAACCAAACGUAGUAGCAUCAACACGUUGGUUAUUACCAAAACCAUCAUUAAUACCACCAAGAAAAAACCUGUAUCAUUUUCAUACCAACUUGACCGGAUAUAAUAAAUUUAAUAAAAAUCAAGCUGUCAAUUUGCGCCAAUUCUCCAACAAUUGCAUUAUAAGAAAUGAAACUACCGAUAAUUCAAUAAAAUUAGAAACAAGUACUAGUGCUGUCGGUGAUAUUAAUAAUAAUGAUCCAAACGUUCCAUCUUCAUCUUCAUCUCCUGCUGCUGCUACUACAAAAGAAACAUUAGAAAGUAUAAAAGAAAAGGUAAUUAAAUUAAGCAAAGAAGAAAAAUUGGACGAUGCUAUAAAAUUGGUGUCAAGUAAAGAAAAUCCAGGAUUAGAAAAUGCCGAAGCUUGGAAUCAAUUGAUAAUUGAAUGUGUUGAUAAAGGGAAAACUAAAAUGUCGAUUAGAUUAUUUAAUGAAAUGAAAAAACUUUCAAUGCUUCCAACUCAAGAAACAUAUACAGCAAUUUUAAAAGAGAUUGGACAUGUCAAUUGUCUGUUAACAAUUUGUCAACGUGCAAAAAAUUUUGAUGUUGCACUGAAAACUUAUGAUGAUUUGAUUAGGAGUGGUAAGUUGAAACCAAACAGAAAAACUUACUUGCAAAUCCUGAAAAUGUGUUCAGCAAAUGGUGUGAGACAAUCAGAAAAGGCUUACGAAUUGGCAACAGAUGUUUGGAACAAAUUGGUUAAAGAUGAUCAGAACAAGGAUAAUCCCAAUGCAGUGGUAGUUGAUGAUGGAUUGAUUAAUGGCGUGAUUGCUGCUUUUAAAUUUACUAAUCACAUACCAGAAGCUUUCGUUAUUGUUGAUGACUUUUAUGGGAUUGGUAAAUCUGCCAUAGCAGCAGAAGGAGAAUCAACAAAAGAUGAUUCUCAUUCUUUGAGACUAUCAAUUACAAACGAUACAGUGGACAGUAUUUUUGGUUUAUGUUUUAAAACAAGACAAUUCGAUUUAGGAAUAGAAUAUUAUAACAAAAUUACAGCAAAAUAUCCAGAUUUUUCACUUGACAUUAAUAAUUAUGAUGGUUUAAUUUCACUUUACAACUUAAAUUAUCAAUUUAACAAAACCAUUGAAACAUACCAUAAUCAAUUUAAAAAAUUUAAACUUGCUCUAAAUGCUUCUACAUUUGAAUCUUUGAUGUUUGCAUGUCAAAAUCUUCGAGAUCUAAGCACAGCAAAAGAAAUUCUUGAAAAUGCUGUUGAGAAACAAAUAGCUUUAAAACCAACUGGUUUAACAAAAAUAUUGAGAUUAGUAUUGGAACAAGCAAGAACUACAGAAAAUUACAAUGAUGUUUGUUGGCUAUUGAAUAAAAUAGAUAAAACAGGAGAUAUUUAUUUUAAUAAAGAAAAGAAAGGAAUCAUUUUAAUUGAUGAUAUGGAUGAUAAACAAUUACUAUAUGCUCUUUCAUCAGCCUAUAGAAUUGCAUUGCAGGAGGUGAAAGAUUUGGAGGAGGAGAAAAGAGCUCAAUGGGUAGAAGAUAAAAAGUUUUUUGAUCAUAAGGCUGACAGGUUGAAUAAGGCCAAUUCAAAAGCCCACCCACCACGACAGCAAAAUAAUAUACAUACAGAUAAUUUCAGAAUAAAAAAAAUAUAUCAAGGAAGAUGGAAAACCCAAGAUGAUAAGAAUUGGUAUAAUAAUCCCGAUAACCAAUUUCCAUUGGCUCCACCAAAUGUAAACCGUAGGUAUAAUAACAAUUACUAUAACGGUGGUCCUUUUCUAACCGCAAAUAAUAAUCCAUCAACACCACAAUUUCAUGCCGAAGGAUAUUAUUCUCCAAGAUCACCACCAUCAUAUAAAACACCAAUCCAAUCAUAUGGUAGUUUUAGUGGACAGCAUAAUAGAAGAUCAGGUGUAUAUCGUGGACCACCACCUUAUUAA